CCCUCUCCUAAACAUUUGAGUUUCAGACAUUUGUGCUGACUGGGUAAACCGGCAAGAACGGACGUGAGAAGAAAACAUUGGUACAAUGAAGUCUUUAUUCGGGAGUCUCGUCUACUGCCUUUUCCUCUUUGUGUCUGAUGUAUACGGAACGUACCGUUUGAAUAGAUUCGAUCCACAGCAGGUUACUGCUCAAAGUUAUGCACAACGUAGAAAUAUUGCCCGGCCACCGCUGCGGACGCUCGCUCCUUCAGUUCACGCCAGUGCAUACAGGCAUAGAGGCAAUCACUACCACCACCAGCCACCAGGGAUCCACCUGCCCGUGGUUUACCAACAACCUGGCCCUCUAUAUCCACCCGUGGCUUACCCCAGAUCCUCUGUCCCCUUACCACCUUACCAACACAGAGCGCCACCGGUGGUGUACAACCUAUACCAAGACCUUUCACCUCCAGUAGUUCACCACCACCCGUUUAAAGUUUUUUUUCCACCAGUGAGCCACCACCACAAAUUCAAAGGUAAAUGUUCACACAUUUUACCUCUGGUACAGCCUAAACCUACUACAGUGCCAACGACCCCUGUGGUGUACCUACCCACCACAGUUCCAACUCUACCAUCAGUGACUACAUUGCAACCGGUGAUGACCACCUUGCCACUGGAGGUGACCACCACCCCCGUGCCGCCAACACUACCUGUCAGUACCCAAAGCGGCAUCGUCAUCACCACCGCCAGUGUGGAGACAGCGACAGACAAUUCGUGCAGGAGCCGUCCCCUGGACCUGGUCUUCAUCAUCGACAGCUCCCGCAGCGUGCGCCCCGGCGAGUUUGAGAAGGUCAAGAUCUUCCUGGCCGACAUGGUCGACACCUUGGAUGUGGGACCAGAAGCCACCCGUGUGGCCGUGGUAAACUAUGCCAGCACGGUCAAGAUCGAGUUCCUGCUCAAGGCUCACCUGAACAAGCCCAACAUGAAGCAGGCUAUCACCCGCAUCGAGCCCCUCGCCGCCGGCACCAUGACUGGCCUGGCCAUCAAGUCGGCCAUGACCGAGGCCUUCACCGAAGAGUCAGGCGCCCGGCCAAAGUCAAAGAACAUCGCCAAGGUGGCCAUCAUCGUGACAGACGGGCGUCCUCAGGACCAGGUGGAGGAGGUGUCAGCGGCUGCCCGGGGGUCCGGCAUCGAGAUCUACGCGGUGGGGGUGGACCGAGCCGACAUGACCUCUUUGCGGCUGAUGGCCAGCAACCCCCUGGAAGACCACGUGUUCUACGUGGAGACCUACGGCGUCAUCGAGAAGCUCACCUCCAAAUUCAGGGAGACCCUGUGUGGUUGGGACCCCUGUGACAUGGGACACGACUGUGAGGACAUGUGUGUUAGCAGCAGCAGCAACAACUCCUAUCACUGCGAGUGUCGGGAAGGGUAUCUCUUGAACACGGACAAGAAAACAUGUUCCCAGAGUCAGACACGUGUGGACCCCUGUGCCAUGGGACACGACUGUGAGCACAUAUGUGUCAGCAGCAACGCGUCCCAUCACUGCAAGUGUCGGAAGGGCUAUAUCUUGAACCUGGACCAGAAAACGUGUACUCUGAAACAGAUUAAGGCGGUGGUGGUGGUGGAGGACCCUUGUAAGUGUGAAGCCAGACUGGCUUUCCAGAUGCAGACACAGGCCGCCCUCCAGGAGAUCACUGCCAGACUAGCUGACAUGACAGGAAGGGUGGAACAGAUUGAGAACAUUUUGGGACCUAUCUAAGUUGAGGAAGAAACGCAGGGUCAGCCAACCUCUGAUGGCCCCGCCGUCAGUCACGGACCACUGCAACACAGGCAUGUACUACUACUGCUGUCCUCCAUCACAUCGGCGGAUAUCGACAACAACAGACAGUGGAACUUUGGAUAAACAACACUGCAACAGCUAGAAGGAAAUGAUGUCAGUCCAUGGUUCUUUAAACAAGCUAUUGGUCUUCGGUCAGGACUGUAUCAGAGAAUUAUGGGGGCUAAUGGUGUCAGUCUGUCCAUAUAUGAGCAUCAGGUUCCCACGAAACGUUACAGUAUAUAACGGUAUACACCUUUUAGAAAUGUGCUAAAUACAUAUAUUGUAUUAAUUAAUUUUCAGCAACUCUGCUUCAGCUAACACAUUUGAAAUUUGUUUUUGGAAGUUUCUUUGAAGUAUAUUGAGAAAUUGAAAUCAUGUUCAGUAGGGACCAGUCAGUGAGGGGCAGUGCUUUUAAGAUUGUUUUAUUUUAACUGAUUUUAGAAAUGUUAUACUAUAUGAUCAUUUCCAAUCUGGUAGAAAUAUGUCAUUUGUUUUUUGUGCCCGCCAUAUAAGGUAUUUUUGUUAGGUUGUGUCAGUGCAAAAUGUUGAACGCUAUAAUGUGAGGAAAAUGUACACCCCCAUGUGUGCUGUGUACGUCAGAAUAAAAAAACGAAUGUACUGAAUAUGUGACAAUCAAGACCAGGAGAGGAAGUUAUUUUGCACAGUGCCUUUAUCCAUUGAACUACUUGAUGAAUAUUAAAUGGAAGUUCAGUAUUUUA